AUGCCGACCUCUCUCGCCGUCCUCGCGGCGCUCCUGUCCGCCGCGCAGGCGGCCCGCCUGGCGCAGCUGAUGCACCGCGCGGCGCAGCGUGCCGAGGCCUGGGUCGACGGGGACAGCUCGGCCCCCCGCGCCAGCCUGGCCCAGCGCAGGGCCCCCCAGACGCAGAGCCACCGCGGGCCCCGCGGGGCCGGGCUGGCUCAGGUGCGAGCGGAUACCCGUGCGGGGGCGGCGCGCCUCAACACUACCGCGGGCCGUGGCCAGUGCGCGGUGCCGGACCACCGGCGGAGGGACUGCGGCUACGUGGGGGUGGACCAGGGCCAGUGCGAGGCGAGGGGCUGCUGCUGGAAACAGGGCGGCCAUGGGGCCCCUUGGUGCCUCCACGGCGAGGCGGCAGGCCCGGCCCCGGUCGAGGACCAGUGUGCGGUGCCGGACAGGCAGCGCAACGAUUGCGGCUUUAUGGGGGAAGCCCAGGGCCAAUGCGAGGCGAAGGGCUGCUGCUGGCGGCCAGGCGGCCACGGCACCCCCUGGUGCUUCCAGGGCCGCGGUGGGGCGGCCGCCGCCCCGACGGGAGAUGCGCAGUGUGCAGUGCCCGAGGCCGAGAAGCGGGACUGCGGCUCCUACGGGGUCAAGAAGGACACCUGCGAGAGCAAGGGCUGCUGCUGGCGGGAGACGCGCCACGGGGGCUUGUGGUGCUUCCACAAGAAUGGCGGGAGUUCCGAGGAUUCUGGCGGACCCGAGGAGGACUGGCUCUUUCAGGGAUCCGAUGACCCCGCGAGAACAGAGCAGCCGCCAGCGUCAGUGCCGGCCUCAUGGUGCCACGUCGCCCUGCGGCAGGAGUGCGGCUUCAUGGGCGCGAGCGAGGGCUCCUGUGUGGCGAAGGGUUGUUGCCGGAAGCCAUGCGACCACAGCGAGGCUUGGUGCUUCCACCCGCAGGACCCAGAUAACGCGGCCGCGGAGGUCGCAGAGGCCAUCAUCGGCUACGAGGCCAGGCCCUACACUACGCUCAUGCACCGCUACAACCAGGCGAGCGACCUGCCGUCCUGGUGGGCCGCGGCGGGCGCUGGAGACCUCGCGGAACUGGACCAUUGGACGCGUGUGCCGAGACAGCGGCGGGCUGAGUCGGAGUGGCGCCGGAUGGCGGUGAAGCUGGCGCGCCUGAGGCGGCUGAAGGAAUUCGACAGCGCCCUCGGCUUUCCAGGAGAGGGCCCCCGCCGCAGCGCAUGCUCGAGACGGUCAGCCCGAGCGGUCGUGAUGAUGCUAGGCCUGGCGGCGUGCUUGCUGGUGGAUGGCGCUCGCGUGGCAGGCGAGGCUCCAGCAGCGCGCCCGGCGGUGGAUCUUCGCACGAGGCCGCAGACGACCACCCAGACCGCGCAGAUGAGGCAGCUGCUCUUGCGGCAGGUCGAGAACUGGCUGCUGAAGUUGGACGGGGGCUGCGAGCUGGCAUCGCUGGUGGUGCAAGGGCCUCGGGUGGUCGCCAACGCAGUGGCGGCGCGCGGCCGGGCGCUCUACUCCCCCGGCCGCAGCCUCAAGCACUGCACCGAGACCAUCAACGCAGUGGUGGGCGUCGAGAGGUCGCUGCGGAGGCACAUGGGCGCCGCGCGGGACGUGGCGCAGGCGUGGCAGUUCGCAGUGCCCACGCGGCACCGGUGCCCCACCCCCGUGCCGGUUCUGCGCGCCCUGGUGCCGCUGGCGCUCAGCUGGGGCUGGAUCGACAUGGCCGUCCUGGCCCUCCUGGCCUUCACCUGCAUGCUGCGACCAGGCGAGGCGCGUGGCUUGUGUUUCUCGGACUUGCUGCUGCCGUCGCAGCUGAUGUCGGAUGAUGAGGUGUGCUGCGUGCGAGUCCACCAGCCCAAGGCCCGAUGGGCGGUGGCGCGGAUGGAGCACGCCAGAUGUGAUGAGGUGGUCUUAGUCAGACUGUUAGAGAGGCUGGCAGCGGGCCAGCAGAAAGGGCCGCAAAUCUUCAGAGGCUCAUACCCGCACUUCCGCCGCUGCCACGAUGCACAGUUUUUCGGAAUCGCGGCCACAGAGGCCCACGGCCUGACACCAGCCUCGCACCGCGGCGGCGGCGGCGCCACCUUCUGUUUUGAGGAGUGCGAGGACUUGCCUCGCACGCAGUGGCGCGGGCGGUGGAGGCAGCUCAAGUCCAUGGAGAUUUGCAUCCAGGAAGUGGCCGCGGUGGCGCUCGUGCCGAACAUGGCGCAGGCCUCGCGUCAGCUCGUGGCGAGCUUCGCCGCUGCGCUGCCUGGCCUGCUCGCUCGCGCCACUGACAGGCUCGUGCGUGGCCAAAUCUGAGUGCUUUUAUUGUUUCCUCUCUUCACGGCCCAGGUGCGCACACACUUGCCAUGACUCUUUUGUGUAUGGAGGUGUGGGUCUGGAAGCCAGCUUGCGUGCGUGUGCACUGCAAUCGUCUUGCUUCGUGCGCGCUCGUUGUGGCUUCCGCCAUUGCCAGAGCUUCCCGGGUGCAGGAGGACAACCUUGCGGGG